AUGGCCGGAAACAGAGCUCUCUCUAACCUCGAACUCAUGCCAACUGAUAUCCAAACUGAGAUCAUUUCACGUGUAGCAAGGCACUCCAGGAGAGCAGUCUGCAAUCUCUUGGCCGCGGUUCCUCCGCUAGCCCCCUCUGCCGCCGUUCCUAUUGUUUAUAGGAACCUCAAUAUCCACCCGCUAACCGUUCAUCCACGAGCUGCGUUACACAGGUACCAAAGUCUUAUGGAAAAUUGCCUCGCCAGCGGUAACUUGCAAGCUCAUUACGUACGGGGGAUACAACAAUAUUUCCACUACAACAACGUCCAUGGAGGCUUGCCACAUCUUCAGAUCGCAGUAGAAGGUUCGUACGAGAAAGCUGUUUACCUUUAUGGUGUAAUAAUGCUAUCUAAGGGAGAGACGGCAAUUGGACAAGCAAUGUUAGAUACCCUUGGAUGGAGACAAAACAAAAACCGAGCAGACAGGUGCUGGAGAAGGAUCAAGCGAUCGCUCCAUGGAAUAAGAGUUACACUUGAGUCUUACAUGACUGCUUACCUGAACACAAGGGAAACCAUAGCAUGCCACCGAGACAAUAUUCACGAGCGCUGUGAUACGUGCUACUAUUAUAAGCAAUUGACAAAGUUUGUUUACAUGAUGUAG